AUGAAGGAAGAAAUUUGGGCAACUUUGUACCACAAAUGUUCUACAGACGCAAAUCCUCAACAUCAAAAUUGUCCAGUAGGCGAAGAUAGCUGGGGCAAAUGGCGCAAGGCUGAAGCCAGAGGAGAACUCACCAAUUUCCACCACGAUAAGCCACCUCUGACUGAGCAAGUUCAAGAAGUCAUCAAACCAGUCUAUGAAGAUUUAUCACGAGAUGAACCGCUGGAGAAAUACUUUAAAUUAUCGGAAACCAGGACAACGCAAGCAGUUAAGAUAAGGCAACAAAGGUUACAAGGAAAACCACCUGGUUUGAAUCAUUGCAAGACCGUCCACUUCAGGAGACGAGUUUUCGAGAUUAUUAUACAAAUUACAGUCAACGUACGCGACGAAUACUUUGAAAGGCUCCCAGAAUAUUUUCACUUCAGUAUUCACAUUGAAGUAUUUCAGUCCACCAAGUGCGGUCAAGCAGCUAUCAUGAUCCUUCGCCAGUACCUCGCGGUAGGCUUAACCUUUAUCGCAUCCCUUCCCAUCGGUCGGUUUUUCCUGGAUAGCGAGUUUAGCACCGUCUGUAGAACAAUCUCAUUUAUCGGGGAUAAUUCGGGCCUAGAAAACAAUAUUUGGGAGAAUCGUCAGCAGCUCCUGAACCCUUCGGAUGAGCCUCCAGACGUGACCCCACGGACCAUUUCAGAGUACGACUUCGUGAUCGUGGGUGCAGGAAGUUCAGGGUCAGCCGUGGCCAGAAGACUCAGCGAGAUCGAAAAUGCGACCAUUCUGCUGAUCGAGGCUGGAUCCGAUGAAACUGCCUCGAUGGAUAUACCGCUGCUCGCAUCCAAUAUGCAGUUAAAUAAAGACCUCAACUGGGGAUUCGCAACGGAGCCUUCGAACGAGUAUUGCCUCGGCAUGAAGGAGCACUCCUGCAGCUGGCCAUCAGGAAGGGUCAUGGGCGGAAGUAGCGUGCUCAACUCCAUGAUCGCCACCAGAGGGAAUUACAAGGACUACGACAUUUGGGCGGAGAUGGGCAACGAGGGUUGGUCCUACGAGGACGUCCUCCCGUACUUCAAAAAGCUAGAGGACAUGGGCAUCCCCGAACUACGGAAAGACAAGGCCCAGCAUAGCGUCGGCGGUCCAGUUCACAUCUCCAGAGUGCCAUAUCGAACUAAGCUAGCCGAUGCCUUUCUGGAAGCUGGGGCUGAGUUGGGAUACCAAAAAAUUGACUACAACGGCUUUACUGGUACAGGGAUCGACUACAUACAAGCGACCCUGAAGAACGGCUCGCGAUUCAGCAGCAACUCGGCUUACCUACGUCCCAUCAGGGAUGCGAAGAACCUCUUCGUGACGAAGAACAGCUUGGUAACUAAGAUUCUAAUCGACGAGAAGUCCAAGCGAGCUUAUGGGGUGAAGUUCGAGAAGGACAAACUACAGUACGUGGCGAAUGCUAAGAGGGAGGUUAUCCUAUGCGCCGGUGCCAUUCGGUCCCCGCAGCUGCUGAUGCUGUCAGGAAUCGGUCCCGCGGAUCAUCUGCAGAAAAUGCAAAUCCACGUUCAUAAAGAUGCUCCGGUUGGAGAAAAUCUGAUGGAUCACGUCAUGUUUAUGGGAUUGAUCUUCCUUUCCGACGAGGCGCUGCCUUUGUCAGAAAUUAUGAAGCCUCAGAACCCAUACGUGGCGGAGUACGUGCAGAACCGGACAGGACCAUUGACCGUCCCUAGCGGAUUGGAAGCCCUCGCCUUUCUCAAUGUCGACAGACCAAAUGAAACCGAUGCUUUCCCGAACGUGGAAUUGCUGAUGGGUAGCGCCAACCCUUUUUUUGGUCCGAAUGGUCAACUCCGGCUCCAUCUAACUGAUGAAUUAUUUAAAAAGACGUAUUCUCAAUUGAGAGGACAAAGAGCCUGGGUAUGUUUACCUAUCCUUUUGCAUCCGAAGAGUCGUGGUCGGAUACUUCUGGGCGCAAAAAGCAUCCACGACAAGCCCAAGAUCAUUCCCAACUACUUCAGUCAUCCGGACGACACGAGGGAUAUGAUAAAAAGUAUCAGAGCCGCCCUCUCUAUCGGGAACUCCAAAGCGAUGAAGAAAUAUGGCUCUUACUUCUACUCCAAUCCAAUUUACGGUUGCGAAGACUACGAAUUCGAUUCCGAUGAUUAUUGGAAAUGUGCUGUUCGUACCAUUGCCGUUACCAUCUAUCAUUACGCAGGAACGUGCAAAAUGGGACCCAUCAACGAUACGACAUCCGUCGUCGACCCACAGUUAAGGGU